CCGCGAGUCCGCCGACGUGCUUCAUCGGAGUUAAAAUUUCAAAGUCAAGGAAGUUGAUCUCCUCAAUUACCAUUACCAGCUCCCAAAUCUCAUUUCCACGCCAAAACGCUAUUAAACCUCUCUUCAACCCGCAACAACAAAUAUUUCCAUUCCAAAAAAUUCAAAACCCUAAUUUCCCGCCAAAAUGCCGUACCCCGUCAUUGUCGACGACAAUGACAUAGACGACGCCGCUUUGUGGGCCGUAAUCGAUUCCGCCGCAGCAUCCCACUCCUCAUCGAAAUCCAAAACCCUACCAACCAUCACUUAUCCCAAUCAACGCCAAUCCCCUUCUCCGGUAUCCAAACCAUCGCCGUCGCCGGUAUCGUCACUUCCGCCGGGAAAGUUCCACCGGAUAUCGCGGGAUUCCGGCGAGGUUGUGCAGGAGUCGUGGGCUUACCGACCGCCGAGGAAGGUGGCGAGGAUCGCUGCUCCUCCAGAGGCCAACGUGAGCGGCAGCCCUCUCGCUAUGGUCAGGACCGUGGAGAGGACACCGCCAACGAAGGCCUAUGCGUCGCCGGAGUCUUACCUGUCGCCGGGGAUUGGAAAAUUGACAGGGCAAGAGGUGAGCGGGAGCUGCACGGAGUUGUCGCCACAGUGUUUUGGCGGCGGCGGAAGGAGGAGCGAGAAGGUAGAUGAGGAGAAGGAGAAUGGCAUGUGGCAUGGCUUGUCUGGAAGGUUUCCUUCGGUUUCUUUGUUCAAGGAGUACCAAAAUGCAGCUAUGGCGAUUUUGGAGAAAACUGAUUACACUUUGAUUUCAGGAAAGUCUUUCAUUAAAAAAACAGGUUGGAGAAAGAUAUCUUGCUACUUUAAUAUUUCUUAUGAAAUCAGAGAUAAGAACAUUGAGUUUGAUGAGAAUCGCAAUGUUCAGCGUGCUGAGUUUGUUGUUCGUGCAUACAUGCAGUAUGUUCUUGUUUGGGGUGGCAGAUUCUCAGAUGGCUGGGGCUCUUGUGAGCGAUGUGAAAAGAGAUUUCAGAAACCAAAUCAUGAUAUUCCAAGCACAGCUGAGACCAGAGCCAAAAACAAAGCUUGUCAGGUACGUCAUUUUUGGUGUGUACUUUGUCUAUUUUAUUUUGUUUUUGGUACAUUGGGAGCAAUGAGGUUUGGAUCUAAGACUUCUUACAAACUACUCAACUAAAAGCUUUCAGACCAACUUAGACCACAAACAUCUAGCACGCUGUUACUUUUACAGGAUUUGCUAGGAAUUGGAGAAUACCGACCUGGUGCAACAAGUCAAGUUCAUUGAUUUUGCGGAUACAUUCUGUUCUGUUCUUUGUAAUGAUUUGGUAUCCCUGAAAUAUUUUCUUUAUCCACAUGCACUAUAUAAUUUGUUGGAGGGAGAAAGUAAACUAAAAAGUUGUAAAUAAAAGUGCACCCUAUUUUUUAGCAAUUCUAGGUGAAUUGCUGUAAAUCCUAACAUAAUAGUCAAUUAGCAAGUAUUUGGUGUUUUAGCAUUCAACAUAAGAAUUGCGUUCCUUGGGCAAUGGCCAGCAAGAAAAGCUCUUCAAUUCAGUUGGAGGUGAAUGCCAGAUCCAAGGAGAAUCAUGAACGAGGGAUCCAUAUUUGGCUAGAAUAUCUGUGGAAGUUUAUACCUUCCCUCAAAGUAUGACUGCUGUUCACAGUCCAGUCCUCAAGCAACCAACAUUUGAUGGUAUCAAUACCAUUGUCUAGCUUUAGAAAGCUUGGCUUGAGGUUUAAAAACGGUGGUAUAAAAUGUAUUCCUGCCUACCUAGCAGGUUGGUCUGUAUUUUACUAUAUGCUCAAUAUACAUUUUGCUCUAACUUCUAGUUCUACUUCCCUUUUACACAGUUUACAUUGUAUGGAUGGAGGACAUGAGUCUUGUUUUCGUUGAAGUUUUCAAGUAAUAACCUCCCCAAA